AUGGCCGGUGUUAUGAACCCAGUGAUCCCCUCGUGGAAGGAUAAUUCGCAAAAUUAUCUCGGCAAAGUCCAGGUCGUAAUACCAUGGCGAUCUAUACAAAUGCUUCUCCCCCACCGCGUGCGCCGAAAACUGCGGUCAAAACUGCGAAGUCGCGUCUCUCCGUCAUCAACAAUAACCUCCCUUAAUUCCUCCUUCUCCCCUUUCGACACCCUAAAGACUCUACAAGCUCAUCGGUGGAGCGUAUAUGAUGGACAAUACCUCGUACUGCUCUUUGUUGGCAUAUUUUCGCUCUGUGUUAUCGAAUCGCCUGGCCCCUUCGCCAAAGCUCUGGUUGCCUUUGGGUUGAUAACGUCGCUACUUCUUCCAGCCACCUGCCAAUUCUUCCUACCAUUUCUCCCUAUCAUUGCUUGGCUCAUCUAUUUCUAUGCCUGCCAAUUUAUUCCAAGCGACUGGCGGCCCCCAAUAUGGGUGCGCGUGCUUCCAGCACUUGAAAACAUCUUCUACGGUGCCAAUCUCAGCAAUAUUCUCUCUGCCCGUCAGAAUACUUUUCUAGACGUCUUGGCCUGGGUUCCCUACGGAAUUAUGCACUAUGCAGCUCCAGCUAUAUGCUCCAUUAUAAUAUUCAUUUUCGGACCCCCUGGGAUGACCCCAAUUUUUGCUCGCACCUUUGGAUUCAUGUGUAUUACUGCGGUUACCAUACAAUUUUUAUUCCCGUGCUCUCCUCCUUGGUACGAGAAUCUGUAUGGGUUGGCUCCUGCACACUACGGAAUACCGGGGUCUCCUGGUGGCUUGGCCCGAAUUGAUGAACUUUUUGGUGUAGACAUAUAUACGUCUGGCUUUACGGCAUCGCCUGUACCAUUUGGUGCCUUUCCCUCCCUGCAUGCAGGGAACGCAACCCUCGAGUCUCUAUUUUUGAGCCUUAUUUUCCCCAAGCUUAAACCUGUUUUUAUUCUCUAUACUGCGUGGCUGUGGUGGUCCACGAUGUAUCUUUCACACCAUUACGCGGUGGAUCUAAUAGGCGGUGGCUUUCUAGCCGCUGUCUCGUUUUACUUCGCAAAGUCAAGAUUCAUACCACGAGUCCAGGCUGAUAAAACAUUCCGGUGGGACUACGAUUAUGUGGAGGUUGGGGAAUCGCCGAUCGACCAUGGUUAUGACUUAGCAAACUUCCACGGUGAUUUGCAUAUCGAUUCUGACGAAUGGACCGUAGGAUCGUCUUCCUCCAUAUCUUCCGGUUCCCUCAGCCCUGUGGAUGAAGCUCAAUCCCUGUGGGAUGGCGAGACCCUAGGUGCAAACUCAGACCUUGAAGCAGGUCGCUGA